CAGACGCUCCGCUCUUGUGUCGCAUCAAAUAGAAGCAGGUACACACUCACUCACUCUUGUUCGUACCUUCUCUCUUACACCUUCUCUUCGUUUGGAAACAAACAGCGUAUUGGGAAGCUGGUCUCUCCUAAUAAUACUUUUGUCACUAUCUGUAUAUCCCCAGUCCUUUCCUUCAUAUAUUAUAUUUAUUCAGAGCUGAUCAUCACUACAAAGUUGACGCUCAUCAUCUCCGCAUGUCGCUCUUCUCGAAAUUCACAAAGAACAAUGCAGGAGACAAAACCGGCAUCUAUCCUUGGUCGCAGCGUAAACUGAUUGGGAGUCAGUCGCAUGUCUUGCCGCGCUUUGGCCAUGCUACAGCAGCAGCCCUGCCCACGGAUAACUUGAUCUUGUUUGGCGGCAUGCAUAAUAAAUCCAAGAAAGAUCUUUUUCUUAUUGAUACCAAUAAUAUGUCUGCAAAUUUUGUAAAUGCUACUGGCGAUGUACCCACACCACGUAUGCAUCCAGUCAUUGCUCCACUUGGCAACAACUGUGUUUUGUUGUACGGAGGUGAGCCUAGCAAUGCUGACGAAAAAUGGGAUCCCAACUUUUAUACCCUCAAUAUCAGCACCCGACAAUGGUCUCGCAUCCAGAUGAAGGAUGGAUGUUUACCUGUCGAACGGUCAGGACACUCGAUUGCCGUAGGCGGUAAUCUCUUGUAUAUCUGGGGCGGUCAGCGGGCAGGCCGCUACCUGGAUGAUCUUUUUGUGUUGAACGCAAGCACAUAUCAAACAAAUCCUCAAUGGGAGCAUAUAGCAUCUGCUAAUGAAGGUCCUGCAGGACGAUCGGGACAUGCCUCUGUUGUUUUUGAUGAUAAAGUAUAUAUUUUUGGUGGUACUGAUGGUGACCACCUAUAUAAUGAUGUUUGGGCGUAUGAUCUUCAUACUCGACACUGGUCCCAAAUUUCGGCAGUCGGUUAUAUUCCGGUGCCGCGAGAAGGCUGUGAUGCUGCUCUUGCCGGCGACGUAAUGUACGUGUUUGGUGGUCGAGGUCCUGAUGGUCAUGAACUUGGUGACCUUUGCGCAUUCAAAAUCCGAGGUCACCGCUGGUUUAUGUUCCAAAAUAUGGGACCCUCACCAACUCCACGGUUUGGCCUGACAUUUACUGCAGUUGACGAUAAGAUCGUUGCGCUUGGAGGAGAAUCGAGCACAGGAAAAAUGGAGGAAUCGCCGUAUCUUGUCCACAUACUCGAUUGUUCAAAAAUACGUUAUCCGCCAGAGACGCAAACUGCUAGCAAUCCAUCGCCAGCUACUUCAGUUGAUACAAACCCUGCAAUAAUAAUACCAAAAUCGAGCGUGGAACGUUUACAGCAAAUACCACAACAAACAUCGCCUGGACCUAACAUGGAAGAAUCACUGUCAGCUAGAGAUUAUGUAGACAACAUAUCGAAUGCAACAGCGACACCUGCUACUGCACACAACAAUAUCCCUACCCAAAAUACUACCUCUACAACUCCAGCAGUUAAUAAUACCAGCCGGCGCCGCUCGCUUCAUCCUGAGCAGACCAACAUGGUCCCGCAAAGGCCACCCAGACACAUGUCUAUGGUACCACCUGGAGCGCUUCGACGUCCUCGUACAACAUCACCAUUACCGUUAACAGGAGACGACAAUAUGCAGCAGCAACAUAAUGAACAAUUGGGUCCAACUAAAGAGGACGAGAAGCCCCGUUCAGCCAGCCCGGCACGAAACCCUUCACCACAGCGACCACCACGUCCAUCACGAGAAGGCGUGUCAUUAGGCAACACAUAUCGUAAGGAUACCGUAUCCAUGUUUCCAGAUUCUCACAUUGCAACAACUGCUGCCGCGAAUGUUCCUUUUGAUGUACUCCCGACCGAGCAAGACGAAAGUGAACUUGAGUCACUCAUGAAGGAAGUCAAGGCCCAAGACGUGAUAAUUCAUAGUAUGAAAAAGAAAGAACCGUGGUGGCGUAGCGAAGUUUCCAUGGCGCGCAAGAUGAGACUUCAAGAUACCUCUCCUCGUGAUGAGCCAAUGGCUAGCAAUGCCUUGGUAGAAGAAAUCAUGGCAUUGAAAGCCGAACUUCGGCGAACACAGGCACAUAUUAGCGACUCUACGAUGCAUCAGGCUAUGGCAACAAAAGUGCAACAGACCGAUCGAAUCCGUACAGCAGCGCUACAGGAAGCCGCAUACUUCAAGUCAAAAUACAUUGGAUUGAUGGAACGGCGCCGACAGCAGGGCGAUCAGCACGCAGAUGACGACCAAGUGCAAGUGCUUGAACAGAGGCUGGCCGAAACGCUGAUGGAGAACGAAACAACCCGUCGUCUCUUGCAACAGAGGAAUAAACAAGCCCAUCACGACCAUAAUGCGCGAGAUUCAGCAGAAGAUCGAGCCAAAGAAGCUCAGGAGCGCGCAGAAGAAGCACAUCGAGCUCAUGAGCGAGCGCUUGAAAAACUGGAUCACGUUCAUCAACGUGCAGUGCAGGCCGAAGCACAAGUGCGUGAGAAUGUAGACAAGGUCGCGAGUUUGACAAACCAACUGGCAGAUAGCUUAUCUGCUCCGUCCUCCAAGCAAAUGGAUCAAGCCAAAGAUCAGAUCAUCCAACUUGAGCAGGCCAACUCAAAGGUGUACGAUGAAGCUCAGGUGUUGAGACAACAGCUGGGUAGCUACACGGAAGAUAUCCAGCAUUUACGGUUGGCUUUGGAUGAACGAGAAGACGCGCUGGGUCAAGCAAUGCGGCAGCUGGAAGACACGUCGGUGCAAGUGAGCACGAUGAAACAAACUCUUUCCAAGCAGACACCUGCAGUUGCAGCCACUGCAUCCCCUACGCGAGCAUAUUAAUCGCAAACCGAUACAUAUACAAGACAAAGAAAAGGCUUUUUUCAUUUUACGAUAAAAAA